GAUGAAACUUGCAUUGAGUGUGUGAAACACAGCGGACCAACGCCAUCAACAGGUCAGUGUGCCUGUACCACGACUGAAGGAAUGGAGGAUGACAAGAAGAUUGGUACCGGAGGUGAGCCGGUUAAUUGGGGGUUCAUGAGGCCGCCGUCCCAUUUAGCGAUUGCUUUGCACAGCUUCAAAGCUCUCCGAGUCGGUAGGCUCUGCCACUUUUCUUCGUUGCUAUCGCAAACAGGCGUGACAUUGUUGGGCGCGAUUAAGUUGCCAAGCUCGAUCGGAGCCGCAAGUGCCGAUUGUCCGGCAAUUGUCGCCUGA